AUGCUGCUGAAUGAAGUCACAGUUGGGAAGCCACAUUUUGAGGAGGAACCAGCUCCAGGCACACAAGAAGCUGCAGAGCUUGGUGAACCAAAACUGGCAGCAGUAGGGGAGCCAUUGCAAAUGAGGCUGCAGAAGGUACUUGAUCACUACUGCUCUCACUUCACCAAAGGUAUUCCCCAUGCACCCACAGUGUCACAAGAAGUAGAAGCACUUCUUGAGACAGGAGAUGCAACUCCACAGGCUGAAAACCCAAGACCCAUGAGCCAGCCUCAGUUGGAUGAACUCCAAGCUCAACAACCUCCUCAAAAAGGGUUUUAUUCAACCCUCAACAUCACCAUGGUCAUCACCAGUAUUGUUUGUGCAGAAGGCUGA